CCUAAAACCUAACAAUGACAUCGAUUGCAAAAUCACUGCUCUUCCUCUCGCUCUUCCUCACGCAGGCAUUCGCUGCCAACAUGUCGAUCAUCUCCUACGACGAGAAGGAGCUGACGGCGAUGUUCGAGUCGUGGAUGGUGAAGCACGGCAAGUCGUACAACUCCCCAGGCGAGAAGGAGAAGCGAUUCCAGGUUUUUAAGGAGAAUCUGAGGUACAUCGAGGAGCAGAACGCCGUCGAGGGGCGGACCUACAAGUUAGGUCUCAAUUGCUUCGCCGAUCUGACCAAUCAGGAGUACCGGAGGAUAUAUCUCGGGACGAGGCCACGGAGGCUCGCCGCGACGAAGAGCGAUCGCUAUGCGUUGAGGGACGGCGAUGUCUUGCCUGACUCAAUUGACUGGAGGACCAAGGGCGCGGUUGCUCCGGUGAAGGAUCAGGGCACCUGUGGAAGCUGCUGGGCAUUCUCUACAAUUGCUGCUGUAGAAGGUAUCAACCAGAUCAAAACUGGAUCUUUGAUCUUGCUUUCCGAGCAAGAACUGGUGGACUGUGAUAAGUCUUAUAACCUAGGGUGCAGUGGUGGUCUCAUGGAUUAUGCAUUUGAGUUCAUUAUCAAAAAUGGUGGGAUUGACUCCGAAGAAGAUUAUCCUUACAUGGGAAGGAAUGGCAAAUGUGAUACUGACAAGAAAAAUACCAAAGUUGUGUCGAUCGAUGGUUAUGAAGACGUACCUGUAUAUGAUGAGAAGGCGCUGCAGAAGGCAGUUGCCAACCAACCAAUUAGUGUUGCCAUUGAUGCCGCUGGUAUGGACUUUCAGCAUUAUCAAUCAGGUAUAUUCACUGGGAAGUGUAGGACGAGUUUGGACCACGGUGUGGUUGUUGUUGGGUAUGGCACUGAAAACGGAACGGACUAUUGGAUCGUUAGAAACUCUUGGGGUUCAAGCUGGGGAGAGGAGGGCUAUCUUAGGAUGGAGCGCAACGUUGCAGAUAAGGCUGGUCUUUGUGGGAUUGCCAUAGAGCCCUCGUACCCAACCAAGACAGGCGCAAACCCCCCUAACCCGGGUCCAUCUCCUCCAUCCCCACCACCAAAGCCAUCAGUCUGAGACGAAUACUAUGAAUGCCCUGAGAGCACGACCACCUGAAGUAGAUAUAAAUAGUACUACUCCAUAGUCGUAGUAGCUAGUAAAACGACAAUUGAGCAUUUGUUAGCAUGGUAAUCAAGGGAGAUUCAAAGAUUUAGCAUCCCAUA